UGUUCGGCGCUGCACCGAUAUGGAGCCGCGGGGAAAGGAGGCUUCGAGAGGGAAGAAACGUGGGACAAACGAAGCCGACGAAUCAGAGCUGUUGACGGUGCCAGAUGGGUGGAAGGAGCCACUAUUUACCAAAGAGGACAAUAUCCAUGGGCUUCUGGAGGAAAGCAGCUUUGCAACUCUGUUUCCUAAAUACAGAGAGGCCUAUCUGAAGGAAUGCUGGCCUUUGGUGCAGAAUGCACUGAAUGAUCAUCACAUUAAAGCAACGUUAGAUUUGAUCGAAGGCAGCAUGACAGUCUGCAGCACAAGGAAGACGUUUGAUCCGUAUGCUAUCAUCAAGGCCAGAGACCUUAUAAAACUUUUGGCAAGAAGUGUUCCAUUUGAGCAAGCAGUUCGCAUCUUUCAGGAUGAUAUGGCAUGUGACAUAAUUAAGAUAGGCUCACUAGUUAGGAACCGUGAGCGACUAGUGAAAAGGAGAAUGAGGCUCAUUGGACCAAAGGGAUCAACAAUUAAGGCCUUGGAGUUGUUGACAAACUGCUAUAUUUUGGUACAAGGGAAUACAGUGGCUGCACUGGGGCCAUACUCUGGGCUUAAAGAGGCCAGAAAAGUAGUAAUUGAUACCAUGAAGAAUAUUCAUCCAAUCUACAAUAUCAAGACAUUGAUGAUUAAACGGGAAUUAGCAAAAGACCAAGAGCUAAGGACACAGAACUGGGAGCGCUUUCUGCCCACUUUCAAACCGAAGAACAUAAACAAACGCAAAGUGCCCAAAAAGAAGAGGGUGAAGAAGGAGUACACGCCUUUCCCACCACCUCAGCCAGAAAGCAAGAUUGAUCAGGAACUGGCAACUGGUGAAUACUUUCUAAAGGAGAAAGACAAGAGGAGAAAAAAAUUACAUGAAAUGAAGGCCAAAGAAGCAGAAGCAACAGCUAGACGAAUGGAAGAAAGAAAUAAAGCUUUUAUUCCUCCUAAAGAAAAGCCCACGGUUAAAGCAAAGAAAGCUGUUGAAACUAAAAUUGACGUUAAAGUUUUUAAAGAAAAAGUGAAAGCAGCCAAGAAGAAAAAACUAGGAGCUCCAGCAACAGAGGAAGUUGCACAGAAGAUGGCUCAAAAGGAGAAGAAGAAAAAGUAAAACUGGAAUAAUUUUCCAUAUCUCCUAACUUGCUUUUGACAAGAUGGCUGAACUAUCCAUAAAGACUGCUGUCAUGCUCACUAAAGCUGUAUCAUAUUUUCCACCACGUCGGACGACGAACAACACCCAACAAACACAGAAAAGUGGAAAUGAGUUCAGCAUUUGAGGUUUGAGGGUGUCGCUGGUUCAUGCAGUUGAACCAGUACUUGUAUUCCCUAGCUGUCUUCCACCUCAGAAUGUUUAACAGGUCUGGAUCUUCUGUAAUCCAGUCUUAACAACUGAGUACUAGGUUCUUUUACUGUCACCAUCAAUUGACUCCUUGAUUAGAAUGACUUGGGUAUAUUUUUAAAAUGCAGGUGGGGGACGACGACCAAGUCUAUUUUAAACCUUGUAUAAUAGUCCUAGUGGGCACAGAUUGUGGGAGUAUGUUUCACCAUACUACAAGCGUACACUGCAUUUCUGAAGUUUAUGAAGACUGGCGGAAACUUGUGCAGACCACAACUAAAGUGCUAUGUGAGUAUUCUCGGACUAGUAUUGUCUGUCAGGAUAAAAUUAUUGUUCUCCUUUACAGUACUGGAAGUGAAGUCUUCAAUGAGUUUCAAAGACAGUGAAAUCUGUUUUGUGUGUAGGUGCAACUGUUUAGUUUAUUUGACAUAAUACCAUUUAGAAAAAUAUUUCAAAAUUUGUUAAGAUAUUUUAUAUCUCAUGGUUUGCGUUAUAUCUAAAAUUAACUGAUUUUGUUCCAUUAAAUGUUCAUAAUGAGCU